UUGGCUGGGAGAUCUAUGACUUGGUGGCCGAUUGGUGCUUCUCUGAUGUCCAGCAACGUGGGCAGCGGCUUAUUCAUUGGCCUGGCUGGGACAGGGGCAGCUGGAGGCCUGGCUGUAGGGGGCUUCGAAUGGAAUGCAACUUGGCUGCUCCUGGCCCUUGGCUGGGUCUUUGUUCCUGUCUACAUCGCAGCGGGGGUCGUCACGAUGCCCGAGUACCUGAAGAAGCGGUUUGGAGGCCAGAGGAUCCAAGUGUACAUGUCCGUUCUGUCCCUCAUCCUGUACAUCUUCACCAAGAUUUCAACUGACAUCUUCUCUGGAGCCCUGUUCAUCCAGGUGUCCUUGGGCUGGGAUCUCUACCUGUCCACCGUCAUCCUCCUGGUUGUGACAGCCAUCUACACAUCCUCAGGGGGCCUGACAGCUGUGAUCUACACGGAUGCUCUGCAGACCCUCAUCAUGGUGGGGGGAGCCCUGGUCCUCAUGUUCUUGGGGUUUCAGGAAGUGGGCUGGUACCCAGGCCUGCAGGAGAAGUACAGCAGCGCCAUCGCCAACGUCACUGUGCCCAACACCACCUGCCAUCUGCCUCGGCCUGAUGCCUUCCACCUGCUCCGGGACCCUGUCACUGGGGACAUCCCGUGGCCUGGCCUCAUCUUUGGGCUCACGGUGCUGGCCACGUGGUGCUGGUGCACAGACCAGGUGAUUGUGCAGAGAUCCCUGUCAGCCAAGAACUUAUCCCACGCCAAGGGGGGCUCGGUGUUUGGGGGCUACCUGAAAAUCCUGCCCAUGUUCUUCAUUGUCAUGCCAGGGAUGAUCAGCCGGGCUCUCUACCCAGAUGUGGUGGGCUGUGUGGACCCUGACAUCUGCCAGGCCAUCUGCGGGGCUCGAGUGGGCUGUUCUAACAUCGCUUACCCCAAACUGGUGAUGGAGCUCAUGCCUGUAGGGCUGCGGGGCCUGAUGAUCGCCGUUAUCAUGGCGGCCCUCAUGAGCUCACUCACCUCCAUCUUCAACAGUAGCAGCACCCUCUUCGCCAUUGACAUCUGGCAGCGCUUCCGCAGGAAGGCGACUGAGCAGGAGCUGAUGGUGGUGGGCAGGGUCUUCAUUGUGUUCUUGGUGGUCAUCAGCAUAGUCUGGAUCCCCAUCAUCCAGAGUGCCAACAGUGGCCAACUCUUUGACUACAUCCAGUCAGUCACCAGCUACCUGGCGCCCCCCAUCACUGCCCUCUUCCUCCUGGCCAUCUUCUGCCACAGGAUCACAGAGCCCGGAGCCUUUUGGGGCCUCAUGUUUGGCCUGGUGGUUGGUGCCCUGCGCAUGAUCCUGGAGUUCUCUUAUGGGGCCCCCUCGUGUGGGGAGAAGGACCCCCGGCCGGCCAUCCUGAGCAACGUGCACUAUCUCUACUUCGCUCUGCUCCUCUUUGGCCUCACGACUGUCGUCAUCCUCGCCAUCAGCCUCUUCACACCUCCCAUCCCGGAGGACAAGCUCAUUCCCCUAACCUGGUGGACCCGAAACUCCAGAGCACCCGCCCUGGAAGGGCACUAUCACACCCACCCACCAAGGGACAGGGACCCAGACCUGUCAGCCCAGGAGAGUCAGACAGAGGAGAGUUGGAAGGAUGAGAUUGACCUGCAAAAGGAAGAAUCUCCAGUUUCUACCCAGUCUUGUUGGCAGAAAUUUUAUUUCUGGUUCUGUGGGCUUUCCUCAACCCCCACACCUAUCCUGAGCCCUGAAGAAAAGGCUGCAAUGGAAAGAAGACUGACAAAUAUUGAGGAGACCCCUCUGUGGAGGCGCGUUUGUGACAUCAAUGCUAUCCUUCUACUCACCAUCAACAUCUUCCUCUGGGGCUACUUUGCCUAAGUGACUGAUGUGGCCCCCCAUCAGUCUAGGAGGACUAGACACACUCAUAUCACCCUGCCUGAAAGGCUACCAUUGGAUUUCACAGAGGAAGAUCUUGAAUAUGAACCAUGAUGAUCACAGAAGACAAAUGGUCAGUUGGAACUGGAUAGGACUUGAGACCAUCUCCGCCAUUCAUUUGCCUACCCACCCUUAUCUCUGCUGAUUGGUAGCCUACUAGACCAGCUCAAAGGACAGAGCAUUAGACUUGGUACUUGAAGCCUCAUCCAUGUCUUCCUUGCUCAGAUACCCACUAGUAGUAUGACUAAAGGCAGAGUCAUUUUCCCUCUCAGUCUGUUUCCCCAUUUGUUCAGCCCUUGAAGGUUUACAAAGAGCUUUCCAUCCAAGAGCCUUAUAAGGUAGAGAGUACAGGAUUACUAUCCUCUUUACAGAUGAGGAAAUUAAAUCUCAGAGAGGAAAAGUGACUUCCCCUCCCCAGGAGGACUGAGUGAACCAAUGAGAAGGUUUCCAAACCACCCUUCUGCCACUCUGAUCUGAGACAGCAGUCAUGGACCUGUUCUAGGGAAGAUAUUUGCUUUUCUUCUUUAAACAGGGAUUUCCUCAUCAUCUCUUAAGUACCCUCUCAGGAGGUCCCUAUGGGCUGCCAGGGAGCCAGGAGAAGAUGGAAAGGGUUGGGUAGAGGACUGUCAGACUAGUGAGGUUUGGCACUGUCUCACUCCCUUCUCACUUUCCCUUUUGACAUUCCCCCUUCCAUCCCUUCCUGGGGCCCUAAUAGCAAAACCUUGCUAAGGUCCUACUAUGACCAUGCUGUUCUACUCUAGAACCAUCAGUGGUUCCCUACUGCUGAAGACUCUUGGUCCUUCAAUCUCCUCCUGCCCUAUCUGUUCUCUGGGCUUUCAUUCCUACUACCCUCCCCCAUUCUUAGAAAGAACUCCUCCUCUCUCCCAUGCCCAUUUAUACCUGUUGAAGUUCCUUCCAUCCUCCAAGUCCUAAUCAAGGGCUGCUACCUUCAGGUAGCCCCACCUGCUACCUCUGAUAAAAGUAAACCCCCUUCCAAGUCUAUAUCAUUUGGGGAAUAGCUGAACAAGUUGUAGGAAAUGGUUAUAAUGGCUUACUAUUGCACCAUAAAGAAUAAUGAAUGAUGAGUUCAGAAAAACCUGGACAGACAUAUGAACUGAUGCAAAGUAAAGUGAGCAGAACCAGGAAAACACUAUAUACAAUAACAGAAAUAUUAUACAAUGGUCAACUAUGAAGGACUAAACUAGUAUCAGCAAAACAGGAUCCAAAGAUGGUCCCAAGGCACUCAUGAUAAAUGGAACUGUUAGAAUCUGGUUGCAGAUGAAAGCAUGUCAUCUUUCACUUUAUUUCCUUCAUGAUUUUUUUAUCAUAUGUGUGAUACAUGUCUUUUCUCACGUCAUGGAGAAUGUAGAAAUAUAUAUUUUAUGGAAACACUAGUAUAAUCUAUUUUGGAUUAUUCACCACCUCAGGGAAGAGAGGAGGGAGAGAGGGAGAGAAUCAGAAGGGCAAAAUGUCAGAAAACAAUUGUCAAAAAUUAUUUCUGCAUGUAAUUGAAAAGAAAAGAAAGAAGAAAAAGUAAAGCUAUUUCCUUAAACGUUUCAA